UGUAAGGCGGCUUUUAUGAAUGGGAUUAGCAUUCCAAGGUCAAUCCCGAGUUUAAUUCAAAAACGAAAUGGAUCCAGCACUUUGAACUUCAUAUUCUCUAGAUAUAUAGACAAUUAGUCUGUGUUAAGAUUUUGAUAAUUAUUUACACACCUGUCAGUAUGGCGUUUACAGCAAAUAUGAUUCCAGAACAAGCUCAAAUUAAAGAUCGCGCUGAUGAACUUCUGUCUUUAUGUAAAAAAGCAGUUGCUGACUGCAAUGACGUGAAGCCAACACUUGAUUCACUUGAUAAAUUACGUUGCAAACAACGUGGUUCUAAAGGUUAGUAAGUUAUGGCAGUAACACUCACAAUUAAAGUUGUCAAAAGUCAGUUGAAGUCCUUAUAUACACAGGCAAUUAGUGAAGCUGAACAUCAAAAAGCUACUCUUAUGGCUGCUCUAGAAAAAGUAUCGGAAAUUCGUGCUCUAGAAUAUAAGUUGAGAACACAUGUUGGUCCGAAAAGUUUUCGCCGCGGUGUACUAAUGUCAGUUUUGCAAGAAAAUGCCAAAUCGAUACCACUUUGGAUAGGUAAACCCGGUGAGAGUCCCCCUGCUCUGUGUGGUGCAACAGGACCAUCACCAAAUAUUCCCGCUGAUCCUGGUGAUCAUGUUGCCGCCCUUGUUCCAGAACCAGAUGUGGCAGCUGCUGCUUGUAAUUUAUCUGAAGGUUGUAUAUUGGCUGAAGUUGUUUCGUAUAAUCCCGAUAAAGAAAUCUAUGAGGUAGAAGAUGUUGAUGCCGAAGAAGGGAAGAUGCCAAAGCGUUACUCUCUAUCCCGUUCUAAAGUUAUACCUUUACCAAAAUGGAAAGCCAAUCCAAUUACAAAUCCUGAGGCAAUAUUCAAUAAAGGUGCUACUGUUUUAGCUCUUUAUCCACAAACAACAUGUUUCUACAAAGCAAUUGUGGAUGAAAUCCCAAUUCAUAUACAUGAUGAGUAUUCCCUUUAUUUUGAAGAUUCAUCCUACCCUGAAGGUUAUGCUCCAGCUAUUAAAAUACCUCAACGAUAUGUUAUUCAAUGUCCUGACAAAGAAGCAAUGACGAGUAAACAUUUAGACAGGUCAAAAAAACGUGGUAAAAAACUAUGAAUUGUAAGAUGAACCUAUUACUUAUAAUCUUAACUUCCUCCAUCUUGCAGUUGUGUGUAGUUGUGUAAAUAUAACUAAUUUCUUUGUUGUUUCUGCAUCUAAAUAUGGUAUUGUAGAUUUUGAAAACAAUAGAUUUCAAAGUAGUUUUUCGGUCAUUCAUUCAAACCUAUGCUAAAUUACUACAAGCAAAUACGAAGUAGUACUAAGAUAUCUACUUAUUGACUUACAAUACUGUAAUAUAUCGUUUCGAAAGUUAGCUGCUAAAGAUACUGAAACUAAGAACAUUGCGAGUAUUUAUUUACUGAGUUUUUUUCAAAAACAAAAGAUAUUUGACCAAAUAAUUGUUUUAAAUAACUUCGCCAUUUUAAACAUAUAACAUUGUCUAAUUCAGUAAUACAUGCCUUAUUUUGACUUUUGUACAAAUAACACAAUAAUUAUGGACUAAUAGCUGUAGAGCCUAAUGAUGAAGUUAUUAAAAACAAAUAUUUUAUUGGGAUUCUUAACAGUUUUUAUUUAUGUCACUCAAACAUAAUGCCAACAGAGUCUUCGUAGUUAUCUGUUUAGUCAGGAAAAUGUGUG